UCUACGAUCUUUCGCUUUCGUCGAGUCAAUACUUUUCCUGGUCCAUCUACUUUACCUACCUUAAAUAUAGAAGACACGAGAUAAGACCCCUCAGUCGUCAUGGCUGGCCCCGCCUCUCCAAAUGAAGGCCCUACGUUCGAACCACCGCAACUCCCACCUGGAUGGAUAGCACAGUGGGAUGGCGCGAGCAAGAAGUAUUACUACGUCCAGCUCUCGACGGGAGUGUCUCAAUGGGAAACCCCGACGCAGGCUGCACCGGGAAACACGCCUGCCCAAACAAAUGAACACCCGUACGGCAUCCCUGGACGGCAAGAAGUUAUCACCCAUCCCGAUGGUACACAAACGGUCAAGCACCCCGACGGUCGGAUGGAGCCCAUCUUACCGGCCGAGGAUAAUAGAGGACUUGAUGGACCGUCUGGUGAAAGGGGGUUUGGUAGCUUUGCAGCUAAUUCGUUAUUGAGCCAAUUCUCCGGUAGCCACGGAAAGCCUCAGGCCACCAACGGGCACAGCUCAGGUGGUAUUGGUGGCCUUGCUGGUCAAUUAAUUGGUGGUCUCGGUGGAAGUCACAGCAGCAGUGGCCAUAGUGCUUCGUCUGGUACCUCGUCUGGUGCGCAUGGCGGAGGUACUGGUCAGCUUGUUGGCCAACUUGCCUCAAAUCUAUUCUCUUCCGGUCAUAAGCCCCAGCAACCCCAGAAUUACCAUAGUGGGCAAUCUAGCCAAACUCCGCAUUCCUCAGGCUUAGCUGGCUCCGUGAUGGGAGGAGUUGCGAGUAUGUUUGGGGGGAGUCAUGGAAGCCAACCGAACUACGGAUAUUCAAAUCAAGGCCAGACAAGCGGGUACACUGGCCAUGCGCCUCCAACAUCCUACCAGCCACCGAAUGCUUCGACGCCAUCCUACAGCUCCCCGCCUCACCAGCAAGGCUCGCCCUCCUAUAAUCCAUCAUCUACUCAACACGUGACACCGCAGUACCCUCCUCCGCCCGGUCAGCAUACCGCAACUUCGUACCCUCCUCCCCCUAAUCAGCUGGGAGGGCACCAGAACCCAACCUACAAUAGUUCUCCUCCCGGUCAGCAACAUCACAAUCCACCCUACAGUAGCGGUCCGCCUGCGGGACAGCACUCUACCUACGGGCACAGCCCAGGCCCUCAGGGACAUGCCUAUUCGCAACAACAGCAAUACGCAUCGCCACCACCACCAAAUCAGUCUCAAUAUAGCGGCCAGCAGUAUCCACCACCUCCCUCUACGUUUAGCACUCAUAGCACCCAGCAGUAUAAUAUGCCCCCACCACCAUCAUCAGGCUCCCACAGCUACUCUGGACAACCUUCCUAUGCUGCCGGGCCACCGGUUCCUUCGGCGACACACCCUCACCAUAGUCAAUCAGGGGGGUACCCAGGCAAUUGGUAGCAGGCCAACCUUAAAGGGUGCUGGUGCCGUUGGCGAACUUUAAGCAGACGUAUUUAUAGACCGCGGAGUUCAUGUUCUUUCGGUUUCUAGCAUUUCCGCUAUAUUCACUUUUGCUAAGAGAAAAUCGACUUGGGCUAUGUCUCCUGAUGGGUUUAAAGCAUAGAUUGA